AUGCAAGAUUCAUUUCCCUUCUUGAUACUUCUCGUCGUCCAAUUUAUACAAUUUCCACCAUCAACUCUCGCUUAUGUCAGCACCAACCGUCGUUCUUCUUGGGUUUUCUGGAGUUAUGAAGAUGGACAUAGGAGAUGUGAAAAUAUAUGUAUAAUAAUAUUUGUAAUAACCGCAGUUUUAUUAGCAGCAUUAUGUGCUUGUGAAACUGACGGAAAUAGUAUGGAUAAUAUUUAUGUUUGA